AACAGCCUGUGUCACUGCAAAGGGCAAAGCCUUCUGAAAUAGCAACAAAGUUGUUCACAAACCACUUUGUGGUUUGCGUUUGGUUGCAGACAGCUUCAGCAACUUGUUGCCAUGAGGAAACUAACCUGUGCUUUCCCCUCCGUCCAGGGAAGGACUGCUGCCCUGUGAAAUGCUCCUGCCCCAAGGUGCAGAGGGGCUAGCAAUGGUACCUGGGCAGAGCAAGGAGGACCUCAGCCAGCAGAGCCAGAAGAUGAAAGCAGGGGAGGAUGAGGAGAGCAGCCGGGGCAGCCACCGCAGCAGCCGCCGCCACCUCCCUGAGCUCCCGGCUGCAACAGGCUGUGGAACGUUUACCUUUUUAUCUUCUGCUGUUGCUGCUGUGAGUGGACUUUCGAUGGGCUAUGAGAUGGGCGUUAUCUCUGGAGCUCUUCUUCAGAUGAGCAGCAUAUUAGAGCUCUCUUGCAAAGAACAGGAAAUCGUUGUGAGUUCCCUGCUUUUGGGGGCCUUAUUCGCAUCCCUUAUUGGUGGAUUCCUGAUAGACCGAUUUGGAAGGAGACUUGCUAUUAUUAUUGCAUCUUCUUUACUUGUGUUGGGGAGUUUGAUUAUACUGCCCUAUGAAUCAUAUGGGCUACUUAUUGUGGGACGGAUUGCCAUAGGUAUUUCCAUAUCAUUAUCAUCAAUUGCAACGUGUGUGUAUAUUGCUGAGAUCGCACCAAAGCACAGAAGAGGCCUCCUAGUAUCGUUAAACGAACUCAUGAUAGUGAUGGGCAUUCUCUUUGCCUAUAUUUCAAAUUAUGCUUUUGCUAGUGUAUCUCAUGGCUGGAAGUAUAUGUUUGGCCUUGUGAUUCCAUUAGGUGCUUUGCAGGCUAUUGCCAUGUAUUUCCUUCCUCCAAGUCCUCGGUUUCUUGUAAUGAAAAACAAUGAAGAAGCUGCGAGAAAAGUACUGGAGAGGUUACGGGAAACAUCAGAUGCUACUAAAGAACUUACUGCAGUCAAGUCUUCCCUGAAAGAUGAAGAUCAGUAUAGUUUCUUGGACCUGUUUCGUUCAAAAAACAACAUGAGAGCUCGAAUGUUGGUAGGACUCACCCUAGUCUUUUUUGUGCAAACAACUGGGCAACCCAACAUUCUAUUUUAUGCAUCAACUGUUUUGAAGUCAGUGGGGUUCCAGAGCAAUGAAGCUGCCAGCUUGGCUUCUACUGGAGUUGGAGUAGUUAAAGUGGUCAGCACAGUCCCGGCCAUAGCUUUUGUGGAUCAAGUUGGAAGUAAAACUUUUCUGUGUAUUGGCUCUUCUAUUAUGGCAGUAUCUUUGGUCACAAUGGGCUUAGUGAACCGUAACAUAAAUAUGAAUUUCACCAGCAUCUGCAGAAGCCAGUCUCCAGAGGAUUUAUUUCAUCAGAGAGCAGGAAAUCCCACUGGUGUCACCAAUGGUAGCCUCAAGGACCUCUUUGCUAGUGCGGGUUCACCAGAAAGGUUGUUAUUUGAUGCGCAGAGAAGCCCAGAUGUUGCCAAGACAGGAGAACUGAACAAGACUACCCUUGCAGGAGGCAAAAGCACAACAGAUUCUCACAUGGAAAGUGAGGAAGUUCCCAUUGUCCUGAAAUGGCUCUCGCUGGUCAGUCUGCUUGUUUAUGUUGCUGCAUUUUCCAUAGGUCUUGGACCAAUGGCCUGGCUGGUCCUGAGUGAAAUUUUCCCUGGUGGCAUCAGAGGACGGGCCAUGGCUUUGACAUCUAGCAUGAACUGGGGUAUAAAUCUCCUCAUCUCCUUGACAUUUUUGACUGUAACUGAGCUGAUUGGCUUGUCUUGGGUGUGCUUCCUUUACACAAUCGUGAGCCUAGCAUCUCUGGCUUUUGUGGCUGUCUUUAUACCAGAGACGAAAGGAUGCUCUUUGGAGCAAAUAUCCAUGGAACUAGCUGAACAGAAAUACAUGAAGACCCCAUGGUGCUGGAUGAGCCAGCGCAGAGAGAAACUGGUGCUGGUGGAACUUGCUGCAAGAGAGAAAGAGCAGCUCUACUAGACCCAAGGCAAUCAAAGCAGCCUUUACCAAAAGACUGGUAAAAACACCCCUCAGUGAUGCCCACACUGAUGGGACACAUGCUAUCUUUAUUAUACACAUGAUAUUACCUCUUUCAUUUCUUAGUAGAGCUUCUUUCAGUGGCAGUUUACAGCCAAUAUUAAAGAUUGUUGUAGUUUGUAACUU